AUGAAACUAACUGUAUAUAAUACAGCUUUGAAUCAAAUGAUCAAUGGCAUAUCUAUUCGUUUUAAUCAAGAAACAAUUAAUAUGAUUAAGAGUAUAGCCAAUUUAACAAUUUUACAAACAAAUUAUGUCAAUGUGUGUACAUUAGCUUCAUUGUUUAAUCUGGAUACACUAACUUUAGAAACAGAAAUACGACUCUUACAAAAUUACGACAGUGUUCCUAAAAAUAUAUUGAAAAAUAAAUGCGAUGAAUGGAUUAAAUGGUUAUCUUCUUGUGAUAGACAAAAUAUUUUCAAUAGUAUCACAAAAGCAUUCAAGUUAUCUAUUACAAUGCGAGUAACAAGUUGUAGUUGUGAGAGAACGUUUUCAAAACUAAAUUUGGUUAAAACAAAGUUACGAAGUACGAUGAGUCAGGAAAGAUUAGAUGGACUUUUAAACAUGUUCAUUGAACAGGAACAAGCUUAUAAUGUAGAUUAUGAAGAAGUAAUAGACAUUUUUAAAACAUUAGACCCUACUUCCAAACGACGUAUGGAACUUUAA